AUGGGUAGCGUAAGUGGGGGUCACAGUCGGCCACUAUCGCAAUCACAUGGAAGCAAUGGUUCGAGCUCUUCACUGCGAUUACGGAGGAAGAACAUGGACCAAGUGUGCUUUUGUGGGUUGAAGACAAUGAUCAAGAAAUUUGGGACAAUAGAGAAUCCAGAUAGAUUGUUCAAUACUUGUCCAAGAUAUCGGAAGGGUAGCCACUGCAAUUACUUUAGGUGGGUUAAGGAUGAUGAGUAUGAAGAAUUAGAUGGUGCAAAGGGAGAUGUUAAAACUGAUGCAGAAAUAGAGAGUGAUGUUGUUGUCUUGAAGCAUAACCUAUCAUGGAAAAUGAUGAGUUUAGAAGCUAAAGUUAGAGCACUUAGGAUGCAACUGUAUUUUAGAUUAAUAGUUGUGAUUGUGGUGGUUAUGAUUAUGUUUAUGUUCUUUAGUGUCAAGUGA